GUGAGCAGGACUGUCGACGAACCAGCUACCACAGGCUGCAACUAACAGGACUUUUCGAGAAAUAUCAGCACAACUAUUGAAUAACAAGACAACUUUUUACUCUGUACGGACUACACAGGUGUUGUGCGAAGGCGAAGUCGUGUUUGGAAAACACGACCAUGGUAUUACUGCGAGAUCUGUACACGCCACUUAUCGCACUGAUAGCACUGUCGUCUUUCUGCGACGCAAGAAUACAUCAACUUACUUUAAAGAAUGAAACGCGUUCCAUCAUUCACCUCAACACCUUUGGUUUCUACGCCAACGGCACCCUGGAGUUUCAGCUGCUUUCUCUGCGCCUGUCAUCAAAGGAGACGGCAUCUGUUGGCUUCAGUUUGGCCAAGUCGCGGGUGAACAGUGUGGUCGUCUAUGGCGGAGAGGAGAUGGACACGUGUCCUUUGCUGAAUACGAAGAGCAGUGCAGAGCCUCUGGUGCUCUUCAUGAUACACACCAACCCACCAAGUGUGGAGCUGAAGCUGUCAGGUGAGGACCAGGACAGUGUUCUGACGGCCUUCAUAGAUGACGACUCCGCAGGAUCCAGGAGGAAGCGUGAUGCUGAUCCCACCCAGCCCACCAAGGGGGACCCAAAGACUACCCUGGGGGAUGCUGGUGAGGCAGGUGCGGGUGCGGGUGCGGCUGUGUUUGUGUGA